AUGACAAACUGUUAUAUAAACUAUACAUUCCAUUUUUGUUCUACUCCGCAAAUUGCAAAAUUCAAUGAAGAAGAAGCAACAAAUCUUCUGCAGUGGAUUGCUGACCUUAUUAAAGAAGAUAUAGACACCACUGGGACAUUCCAAAACUUUGGAAAUACCUUGAGAGAUGGGACUGUCCUCUGCAAACUGCUAAAUGCAAUACAGCCAGGUACAAUAAAGAAAAUAAUGAAACCGAUGACAAAUUUUAACUGCAUGGAGAACAUCAACCAAUUCUGUACUGCGGUGCGAACUUUUGGAGUUAAAGAUGAAGAAACCUUCCAGUCCGUUGAUCUCUUUGAAGCUCGUGACUAUUUUUCAGUUUGUGUUACACUACAGUCACUUGGCAGAGCAAUUGAAAAAUCACUGUCAAUCCCGCCACCAAAACAAAUUUCAAAGGACAAAAUAUAA